AAUGAAACUGGCUGGCUCGUAUCUGACUUCGAGAGCAGGGGGGAGAGCGAAAACGAAAACAAGACGUCGAUUUCACGAAACCCCCGUGAAUUCUCUGUUUUAAUUAGGCGGCGAAGGCAAGACAGAGAAAGCUGGGAAUGUUGGAUAAACAACAGCGGGAAAGGACAUACUUCAUUGGUAUGGGGUUUGUAGCAGUAGGCUUGGUUACUUGGUGUGACUAAAGCUGCUGUCACCAUGGCACACUUUGACACAGAGUACCAGCGUCUGGAGGCAUCCUACAGCGACUCUCCUCCAGGAGAGGAGAACCUGCUGAUGCACGUGCCUGAAGGAGCCAAAUCCCAAUGGCACCAUAUAGAAAACCUGGACCUGUUUUUCCAGAGGGUCUAUAACCUGCAUCAGAAGAAUGGAUUCACCUGUAUGCUGCUGGGAGAGAUCUUUGAGCUGGUUCAGUUGCUGUUUGUAGUUGGGUUCACAGUGUUUCUAGCAAACUGUGUGGACUACGACAUCCUCUUUGCCAACAAGUUUGUGAACCACACUGACUCGUCAAAAGUCACCCUGCCUGACGCCUUCCUUCCUGUAGAUGUCUGCAGUGCCCGUAUCCGGGACAACUCAUUUGUGAUCUUCGUCCUGGUGAUCUCUGGAGUGUUUUGGUUACAUCGCCUGAUCAAAUUCAUUUACAAUGUCUGCUGCUACUGGGAGAUCCGAUCCUUCUACACCAACGCCCUCAAGAUGACCAUGUCAGAGCUCCCUUAUGUGACGUGGCAGGAAGUUCAGGCCAGGAUAGUGGAGAUCCAGAAGGAACACCAGAUCUGCAUUCAUAAGAAAGAACUGACAGAGCUCGACAUUUAUCAUCGCAUCCUCCGCUUCAAAAACUACAUGGUUGCCAUGGUGAAUAAGUCUCUCCUUCCUGUGCGAUUUCGACUUCCUUUGCUUGGGGAGUGUGUGUUCUACACCCGGGGUCUCAAGUACAACUUUGAGCUCAUCUUCUUUUGGGGGCCAGGCUCUCUGUUUGAGAAUGAAUGGAGCCUGAAGCCUGAAUAUAAGAGAGGAGGCAACAGGCUUGAGCUGGCAGAUAGGCUUGCAUCUCGUAUUCUGUGGAUUGGGAUUGCCAAUCUGCUGCUGUGUCCUGUCAUUCUGGUGUGGCAGAUUCUCUAUGCCUUCUUUAGUUACACAGAGGUGAUCAAGCGAGAGCCUGGUUCUCUGGGGGCAAGGUGCUGGUCUCUGUAUGGUCGAUGUUACCUGCGUCACUUCAACGAGUUGGAUCAUGAACUCAUGUCACGCCUCAGCAAAGGAUACAAGGCUUCAUCCAAGUAUAUGAACUGUUUCCUUUCACCUCUGCUGACUGUCGUGGCUAAGAACGUGGCAUUUUUUGCCGGGUCCCUUCUGGCUGUCCUCAUUGCCCUGACCAUCUACGAUGAGGACGUUCUAGCAGUGGAACAUGUCCUCUCAUCAAUCACACUGCUUGGAGUGUGUAUCACGGUGUGCAGAUCAUUUAUUCCCGAUAAGCACAUGGUGUUUUGUCCUGAGCAGCUGUUGAGGGUCAUCCUGGCUCAUAUCCACUACAUGCCAGACCACUGGCAGGGCAAUGCACACAGAUAUGAGACCCGUGACCAGUUCUCCCAGCUCUUUCAGUACAAGGCUGUGUUUAUUCUGGAGGAGCUGUUAAGUCCAGUGGUGACUCCCUUCAUCCUCAUCUUCUGUCUUAGGAGGAAGUCUCUAGAGAUCAUUGACUUCUUCAGGAACUUCACUGUGGAGGUGGUUGGGGUGGGAGACACCUGCUCCUUUGCCCAAAUGGAUAUCAGGCAACACGGACACCCUGCGUGGAUGUCAGAGGGGAAGACAGAGGCAUCGAUCUACCAACAGGCAGAAGAUGGGAAGACGGAGUUAUCGCUCAUGCACUUUGCCAUCACCAACCCCCAGUGGCAGCCUCCUCAGGAGACCACACACUUCAUCAGCCAGCUGAAAGAGAGGGUCCACAGAGAGGCCACCGGGGCUCCUGCAGAUGCACACACACUCAAUUCACUGUCAGAGUCUGAGCCAAGGAGUCUCAUAGCUAACCUCUUGGCAGGUCCAUCUACAUUGGCCUCUGUUCAUUUUGGUCGGGACAGCUCUUUGACUAACCACGCAGCAGUCGGCCUAGGUGAUGGAGCAUCUGCCUUGCGCUCCCUCUCACCAAUAAGCGGUAGUCUCCACCUGAGGGCCAGCCUGAGUGCAGCUCAUAGGACGGUUGGCCACACCUCAGUCACAAGCAGGCCAAUGGCAGGCUCUGGGACUGAUGCCCGGACAGUCAGCUCAGGCAGCAGUGCAUGGGAGGGUCAGCUGACCAGUUUGGUUCUGUCAGAGUAUGCCUCCACUGAGAUGAGCAUCCAUGCACUUUACAUGCAUGAGCUUCAUAAGCAGCAGUCUCGUGGCGAGCUGUCCCGUCACACAUGGCACAGGCAGGAAAGCGACGACAGCAGUGACAGCGUCCUCGACGAGGUGAGGAGUGACCCCAACCCCCACCACAGAAACUUACCCCGCUCGCAGACUUUCCCCACCUCAGCUCCCAGUCCCAGUACCAUUCCCAGUUCCGCCUCAGCCAACAGCGGUACAACCCCUGGCCAGGAGGGGGCUCUACUACAGAACAACAGCCAGCGCCGAUAUGGAGGAACCACAACAGAAUCUUUAGGUUCUGGGGGCAAGGUGGUGAGGUCAGCACGGGUGCCCAUGGGCGGGUGGGCAGAGGAGGGUCAGGGAGCGCCACGACACCAUGACCCAGUGCCAGAGGAGAGCUCUGAGGAUGAGAUGCCACCUCAUAUACACAAGGUGACAUAACUAACCUGUGGGAAUGAGCAUCUCUCUUUCCUGCUGGGGAUGCACAGGAACCCAAACACCCAAACUCCCUCAACUUCACCUGAACUCUGCUUGAAGAAUCACCUUAUAAUCUGACAUGGAUGAAGAUGGAUGUGUGAAAAUGGCAUACCACGAUGCAUACAAACACUCAACCUUUAAAAUAAACUUUCAUUGGAUGCCAACGAUGGUCAUUAAAAAAUGGUAAUUAAUGAAUAUGGUAAUUACUAAAGUAGACAAUGGGCUUACAUCUGUGACUUACUAUAGGACAUACAGUAGUAUAUGCCUAAACAGGCAGACAGGGUGAAUCUCUAAACUCAUAUUAGAAUAGAACUUAGAGUUUUUUCUAAUAGUCACUGAUUCUCAUCAGAUUUCAGUAUACGCUUUCAUACCGUUCAAAGCUUUUACAACGAAAGUGCAUGUGUCACUGAUGGGAACAACAAGCAGAUUCGCAAUAGCUGUGACCAUGUACAUGCAUCCACACGCGCACGCAUACACACACACACACACAACUUCACAGUUUGACCUCAAUGGCAAAUUUCAGCCUCAUAGGUGGAAAGUUGCGGUUGCUAUAGGAUGGCCACAGCAAGGCCAGUGAUGUCUUCUGCAAGGCUCUGUGACACAUGGUUGUGAAAGGGGGCAAGGCUAAAGUGGCUAACCUUCACCAGUGAAAAGGGAACUCUGCUGAGUCCAGUGAUGCUUCCCACAAGUGUCUACGACAAACAGUUAAUCAGAAAGAUGAAUUACAUGAUCUCUGUUGCUUCUCCCUUUUGCAAACCAGAUAAUGUGGCUUGUGGCAUCUCAAAAAUGUACAGGACACAAUUCCCCAGUGUCCCACCUCUUAGAGCACAUACCAUGUAUCUAGAUUGUGUCCUUACUGCGGCAGCCUGGGUUCAAAUCUGACAUGAGCCCUUUGCUGCCUGUCAUCCCCACCCUCUCUCUCCCCUGUCUCUUUCUACUGUGACUAUUGAAUAAGGCAGAAAUACUAAAAAAAAACAAACAAACAAAAAAAAAACAUAUAUAAAAUAUAUUUAGAAAUAUUCCGGUGACAUAGGCCUACUGACUUUGAUUGUGUGUACCCAUUCUGUACCAUUUGCAAAGAGGCUAUUUUUCUUGCUCUCUGUUGUCUUUUUGGAUUGCUGUCUGCCUCUUUGCAAAAUGUGUGUAGGCCUCAAAUACUAAAACAUUCACCUGACAUUUUUUAGAGGACAAUUUUACUCAUUCAGGCUCUUUUCUGAUUAUCAUAGGUAUUUAUUGCACUUCAAGUUCACAUGAAUGUCCUGAAAUGUCCUGAAAGUCCUCCCAAAGUCUGGCUCUGUUUGCACUGGUAGACUGUUGUACAAAUUAGCCAGGUAUAAUGCAUGCACACAUGCACUGUGUAAAUAAAUGCUAUCAGGUUACUUCACAUCAACUGUAAUCAUAACAUUGGAUUAUCAGAUUUAAAACAUUGUAAGGCCAGCAUUUUAUGACGUUUUGUGACCAGAGAUGCUGGAUGCAAGUCCAUUUCAGACUCACCUAACAUACUUUGUUAUCAGUAAUCAUUCUUCAACAGCAGACGUGCUUAAAGUGUCAGUAAGCAAACGGGGCUGUCUUAAAGAUGAAACACUGACCUCUGUGCCAUAAUAUUGAAGCCCCUAAGCACAAGUGCAUGACCAUCCACCCUUUCUGUUAAGGAGUAAGACAUCUGUAACCAGAUCAUCCCACAACGAUCAUACAGACCCACAACAUCCUUCUUGUAGUCUUGGUUUCCAGUCACAGCUUGCAUGUUCUUUCUCUUCCACAUUCAUAAAUUCUAACUUCUUCAGAAAAACAAGUAUGCACUUUAAGGAUUUGUCAAUGCAGAGGAUGCCACUUAAACUUGGUUUGUUUGUAUGUUUGUUUUAUUUUUUUAAUUUAUCAAAGGGACGUGCCAUGAUGACUGACGGUUGACAUUGUGAGUCAAGAUUAUAUUUGCCGUAGCGUGCUUGGAUCAGGAGAAACAAGCACUGACGGCCUCCUACUAAUGUCAUCAUCAUGGAGGCACUAAUUCAUUGAGGUAUCUUAAAUAGGAUGAUGCCUGUUAUAUUUCUGUUUUAUAGAUCCUGUAAAUUGCCAUUUUGUACAGCUGUAAAUUCAUCAAUAAAAGUCAUGGCAGUGA